AGGAGAGAUGUGACUUUCAAAAGCAUCUUUCUCUCAACAGACUUACUCUUGUAUGUGUUGUUAGUAGUUUUAUAAGUGGUUUUGAUUCCUUUAUUUUGAGAGAGGCAUUUAGGACCAUUGAUAAAUUGGAGGAACUGGGAUUUUAAAGGAGGAGGGGUGAAUUUAAAAGGAGGGAGCGAUGGCCUCCCUCCUGAUGCGAAUAUUUAGGCUGGGUGUGGAGAAAAAGCGGAUCAGGCACUACGAAAACCUGAAGAGGGAUGUGGAUCCACAUUAGACGUGGGAAACUCAGGGAGAUCUGGGAGAUGGAGCUUUUGGGAAGGUGUAUAAGGUUCACAAUCAGACGGCGGGAGUCCUGGGUGCUGCUAAAGUGAUUGAAGUACGCAGUGAGGAGCAGCUCGACGACUACAUCACUGAGAUUGACAUCCUAGCGGCCUGCCGUCAUGCGAACAUUAUCUCUUUGCUGGACGCCAUCUUCUUUGAGGGAUGGCUGUGGAUUUUUAUUGAGUACUGCCCCGGAGGAGCCCUGGAUGACAUCAUGUUGGAACUGGAGCGGGGUCUUUCGGAGCAGCAGAUCAGUGAGGUGUGCUGUCAGACCCUACAGGCCCUCUCUUACCUGCAUCAGCAUCAUAUUAUUCACAGAGAUCUGAAGGCCGGAAACAUUCUGCUCACAAUGGAGGGGCAGGUCAAACUUGCUGACUUUGGUGUGUCUGCAAAAAAUGAAAACACCCUCCAAAAACGAUCAACUUUCAUUGGAACACCGUACUGGAUGGCGCCAGAGGUCAUCGUGUGUGAAACGUCGAAGGACAAUCAAUACAGCUGUAAAGCAGAUAUCUGGUCACUGGGCAUCACUCUGAUUGAAGCUGCUGAGAUGGAGCCUCCUCAUCAUUCUCUCAAUCCCAUGAGAGUUCUGCUGAAGAUCACCAAAUCUCAACCUCCCAUGCUCUCCAAUCCCCGUCGUUGGUCGUCCCAUUUUCAAGACUUUUUGCGGAGGACGUUGCAGAAGAACCCAGAGGCUCGCUGGGGAGCCCAGCAGCUGCUGGCUCACCCUUUCGCAUAUGCGGGUAGAGACGGGCAAGCUCUUAAAGAACUCAUAGCUGAAGCCAAAGCAGAGGUCACUGAGGUCAUAGAAGCUGAGUCUUUGUCAGACCUCCGGGAUUCUGUAAACGAAACAAUAGCAACAGAACCUGAGCAAACACAAACUGAAUCAGUGCAGGCAGCUGAAGAACAAGCAGCUCAUGAACCUGACAGUUCUCAGAAAGCUACUGUUCCAGCGGCUGUUCCUCAAUCUCCCACUGAUCCAGAGCCAAACACUGAGGUUAAAGUGACCCGCAGGGCAUCCCACGCCACAGAUAAAGCACAGAAGAGGGCAAGACGCCUCUCCGUUCCUGGACAUCUGCUCUCGUUUCUGACAGGGGGCGGUCGACGCAAAUCCGGAUUCUGGGGUGAUAAUUCGCCAGCUAAGGCAACUAAAGACUCAGAAGAUUCUAGCGUGAUGGAAACUGAGCGAAAUUCUCCUGUUUCAGCGGGAGAUAGCCAUGAAACCACUGACAAAUCCAAAGAACAGACAUCUGAUUUAGUUGCAGUUACAAGCAAUGAGGCUGCCAGCACCAAAGACAAUGAAGCUAAAGAAUAAACUGACAAAGAGGAAGCCAAGACCUUAAACCACUUAUGCACACCAGCACAGCUACCAACAGAUUUGAAAGAAAACAAGAAAACACUAGAUCUUACCAAAGAGCACACCGACACGGAUGACAAAGAUUGUGGUGUGAAAAAAGUGAUGUCUGAUGAUUCUGUCCACAAUGACCAAACAUUCUGGCAAUCCCUCCAAAACCCAGCAAUUCAUGACACGCUUCCUAAAGCAACACAUCCUCAGAGCUCUCUGGUGAAAGCGCUGAAUUUGGAAACAUCAAUGUUAAUUAAACAUGACAGAUGGGAAGAGGAACCUUAUAAAAAUCAAUACCUUGAUUUGUCCUGCUCCUUGAAAACGUGUAGUUCUCCCUUCACAACAGAUGAGAAAAUCUCUUCUGUUGAGAUGAUGUCUCAUAACUUACAUGAAGUAAUUCCAGAUUUUGAGGAAAGUCAACAGAUAAAUGAAACAUCAAAAAGUGAGCCCGAUGAGGGAACGAUCACACUUGUGGAAGAAAAACCUGAGGUGGAACUUGAAGAACGAGAAGAACUGCAGACAGAUGGUGGGACAUUGAAUGAAAUGAAAGAGGAAAGCUGUGAGGAAAGCAACAGACUCUGUGGAGAAUCAAACGCGGUAACAGAGGAAGAGGAACGUUCGACCAACGCAGAAGAGCACCCUAUUGAGGUACGAUGUGAGGAUCCAACCAGUCAAGAGAAUAUUCCAUUGGAUGUUGGGAAUGAAGACGUAGAUUCAAUAAAUGAAAAUAGUGAGAAAGAAAAAUCCUGUGAAGAAGUCAAAGAUCCUAAUGGAAAAACAGAGGAGCUUUUAACCACCCAAGAAUACGUUAAAAUGGAUUACGAUGUUGAAAAGGAUGAAGCAGACUUCAAAAAUGAAAACAGCGAGAACACAAGACAAUUAGAGAAGAUGGAAACAACAACUCAAAAUGAGAUGACAAAUAUCAUUGUUGUACACAAGCCAGAACUGUCAUGUCAACCCAAUAUAGAAGAGAUCAGUACUGAGAGGGAAAUGAGUAAAGAAGAAGUGGUCAGAGAUGAGAUAACAAAACACACAACAGGACACUGUUCUGAAACAAAAGAAGAUCGUAUCGAUUCAAUUAAACCCGAGCACAAUCUUCAAGGAAAUGAUACUGAAAGUAUACAGAACAUUGAAGGAGAGCAAACAAAAAGCCAAAGCAAUAGUACUACAACAGAUGUGACUGAACCAAAAGUGAAAAAGCAAGUGAUGUUUUUUCUCGAAGCGGACACAAUGAGACAAGAUAAAACCGAAGAAAGUGUUCUUGUAAAUGGCUCGAAAGAACAACGUGUAGGGGCUAAUGGAAACGCACCUCAGGAAUCGAAUAAAGACACCGUUGCACCUCUUUCUCCAAAUACCGAACCGCCGCUGUCUCCUGGUUUGGAAGGGGAAUUACCCGCGAGCAGACGCACAGUAAAGAAGAUCAGAAAAUUUAUGGUGGAUGGACAGGAGGUCAGCGUCACCACCUCUAAAGUGCUCAGUGACAGAGACAGAGAGGAACAACAAAUGCGCUACAACAGACGGCAGGAGCUGCACGCACUGAAGCUCUUACAGCGAGAGGAGCAGAGGGAACAUGCGCAGCUGGAGCAGAAACUACAGCAGCAGAGAGAACAGAUGUUUCGCCACAUCGAACAAGAGAUGACUAGUAAGAAGCAGUAUUAUGACGGUGAACUUGAGAGACUUGAAAAACAGUACCAACAGCAAAGCAGCCAAAUGGAGGCUGAGCACACAGCCCGGCUCCGGGAGGACGCACGGAGACUCAAAGCCCAGCAGGAGAAAGAGUUGAGCCGAAAGAGCAGUUCAUUCAAAGCUGACCCUAAAGAGGAGCAAAGGUUUCUGCAGAAACAGCAACAGGAACUCAAUGAAGCUCUACAGAAAGGAGUUCAGGAGCAUAAAAGGAAGGUGGCGUCCAUGGAGUGGGAGAUUACAGUCAAAUCCCAACAGCUCAAGAGAGCUCGUGAGGCUGUGAUUUGGGAGUUAGAACAGCGCCAUCUACAGGAGAAAUACCACCUGUUCAAACAGCAGGUGAAGGAGCAGUAUAGCCUACAAAGACAGCAGCUGACCAAAAGACACAACAAGGAAAAGGAGAGAGCGUCUCGGUUCCAGCAGGUUCUUCUUGAAAACCAGAAGUCAUUGCAGGCCCAAGAAAGAGCUUCCUUACAGAAGGCCCAGAAAGCCGAAGCCAAGGCCCUUUUCAACCAGUUUAAAGUGGAACUUAAGAAGCAAGGUCUAAGUGGUCCUGAACAACGACAACGUCUCACGCAGUUUUUGUCAGAAGAAGAAGCAAGACAGAAGCUGGAGAGACAGAGUCUUCAGGAGAAUCAUGAGAACCAGCUGAAAGCAGUACAGGAACAAUGCGACGCUGGUGUAGCUGAACUACAGCAACUACAGAACGAGAAGCUUCAGGUUCUUGUGGACAUGGAGAAGAAGAAGAUUAAAACUUUGGAGGAUGAGCACACCCUGGAGCUCAAUGAAUGGAGAGACAAGCUUGCAUGCAGGAAAGAGGUGUUGGAAGAAGACCUGGCUCGCAGGCGUCGAGAGAAAGAGGGAAUGAGGAGGAGAGGCAGUGAGCCUGAAAACCGUCACGCUAGUCGCCGUCCGAAGUUCUUUCACAACCUGAGCUUCUCUUGACGAACAGCAGAAAUAGACUGAUCCUCAACUCCUGUGUCUUUGUAUAUAAGAUUGGGGCAAGUUGUCACUCAGUGAAGUUACAAGGAUAACUGUAUCUUGCUAACUAUAAGGUUAUUUAAGGUGUUAUUAAAUGUUAGUUUUUCAACUCGUGGUGGAUUCUGUUUUCUAAGGAAAAUUUACAUUCAUAACUGAGAGAAAAUGUUCAUAAGCUUAAGCCAACACUGUAAAAAAUCCUGUUUCUGGCAGUUGAGGUGCAACAGUUUUUCACAUACGUUUUACACAUGAAAUGGCCGUUUUCAUGGUUUUCUUGUAAAUUUGCAGUCUUUUUCUGUAAUUUGACAGUUCUUCACAGUAAUUCAAAAAUUCUAUAAAAUUACCAGGUUUUUACAUUAUAUGUGGAGAAUCUGAGAAGAUAACAGAAAAUUUGAUAAAAUUACUUUUUUUACAGUGAAGACUUUUUACAGUGUCUAUAAAAUGUGUCAAUAUAAAUAUUGAAUUGAAAAAAAAAGUAAACAUCCUUCACUUGAGGGGAACAACUAGUCCUAGUCUCUUUCUUUCUCUCUCUCUCUGUAUAUUGUCAUUUUUGUUUAGCUGGAGAAUGUUUCUUUUAUCUGUAAAUGUGUUUAGAAGUCAUGUUAAAACCUUAAUUGAUCUAAGUGUACUUUACAACAAUAAAAGAUCAU